AAUACUUCCGCUUCACAUGUAUUCGUUGUGAAGAAAAACAAACUGUUUACAAUGAGAUCUUUGCACGAACCAUACUGACAUUCUUAAAUCAAAGAUAAGAUAGAGCCAAGAAUGCAAUAUUGCUGCAGUUCAGUGAGAAUUAGACCAGUCUGAAGAUGCAUAACUGAGAAAACGUUUAUUUUUUUUUACAACUUCAGGGAACUGAUUCGAGCUACUGAAAAAUGGCGUCAAGUUUGAAUACGUCGCUGGUGACUAGUCCCUCGCGCAGUCGACUAUCACGCUCACGAGGACCAAGCAGUGCAGAUUUCCUUGAUCAGAUACGGCAGUUGGAGAUGGAAGGUGAAAGAUUACGCCGUGGAAGUGAUCCAGGAUCUCCAUCUAAAUACACAAUGAAUGGAGGAAUAAGUCAGCUGUCGACAGGUGCUGCCCCCUCUGUGACACAUUACUAUGAACCCAGCAGUAGUUACCAGCCUCCUUCACUAGCUACUGUAACAGAUAUUACCACAGACCAGAGAAGUAUAACAGAUCUCAGUUGUAUUUUAAUUCAGGCCAAAGAAGUGAGCGAGGAGCAGCGAAAACAGUUCCGAGCACAUAUAGAGGAACUUAAGUCAAAACUACAAGAGACAGUGGUGAACAGAGACUCUAUAAUGGACCUAAGACAAAGGGAAGCUGAAAGUCAAGAGAAUCUGAUCAGAAAACUUCAGGCAACAUUACGUCAGUUGCAGGAAGCUUACAGUGUGCAAGAAAAGACUCUUCAGGAAACAGGCUCCAAGACAGACAAACUCAGCCAGAAUCUUUAUGUGGCUGACACCUCCCUGAACCAGAUCAGGGCGGUGAUAGCAUCGGUGGAGAAGAAGCGCGGCAAGUCUUUUUACGAUUCUGAGCCCAUCGACAAGCAGAGCAGCACAAUGGUGGUACACACACUGGAGCGGUGUGUGCAGGAGAUGGAGAGUGACCUGGAGACCAAGGCUGGGAAAAUGAAACAGCUUGAAAAUGACCUAGAAGAGUUACAAAAAUCUUCCAGAAGAACACAAGAUAAAUUGAUUGUAGAGCACCAGCAAAGGUUAAGUCAGCUGACAGAAGAACAUGAACGGCAGUUGCAAGCUGCUGCAGACAGGGCAGCCAAUGCUAGAGAGCAGGCAGCCAAUCUUCAGUCACAGAUUACUUUGAUGCAAGAGCAGCUGGACAAACAAGCUCAGAUGAAGGAUGACCACAUCAGAGAGCUGGAAAAUAAGAUCACCAGUCUAAAAGAAGACCAGGAUGUGGCAAAGAAAGGAUGGACAGAAAAGAGAGAGGCCCUGGAGCUGGCUGUGGACCAGGUACAGAAGGAACUGAAUGUGAUGAGGAGUGAGAAACAGGAGGCUGUGCAGACUGCUGCUGCCAUGGAGACCAGGAUUGAGGACUACCAGCUCCAGGUGGAGAAGUUAUCAGAUGAACUGGACACGGAUAGAGAGCAGAUGAAGAAACUGUGGCAGAGAGAGGACGAGGCCAACAAGAAACAGAUCGAGAUGGAAAGCAGACUUCAUGAGAAGGACAAGGAAAUUGAGAGACUGGAGAUGCUGAUGGACUCUGUGAAAGCAGAGUGUGAGCUUACUCUCAAGGACAGGGUUGCUUCAAUAGAGAAAGAUGAAAAAUUAAAAACUGCAGAACAGAUAACAACACUAACCAUACAGCUUCAAACACUGACAGAGAAGAGUACUAGAAUGACCUACGAGAUUGAGACACUUCAGACAGAGAAUGGAAAUCUCAAAAAACAGGUCACAGAACUGACUGAAAAAAACCAGGAUGCACGAGUCAAAAUCGAGACCAUGGAAGCUGAAAAGACUAACCUAGGUGCAUUAAUGGAAGACAGAAUAAAUGAUUGUCAGAGAUUAACCCAGGAAAGAGAUUAUUAUUUUGGACUUCUUGAAGAGAGAAAUCAGGAACUAAAGACAUUGCAGGCUGAAAAUGAACAGUUAUCUACUAGGCUUGAUGAAAAGGAGAGAAAUUUUACUGCAUUACAGAGGCAGAGCACUGACAUGUCCCAUGCCAUUGAGUUGAACUCUAAAUCCAAUGAUGAACUCAAGUUGGAGAGAGAAAGGCUUUUGAAAUCAAUAGAGGAAAGAACAAUUGAACUGGAAGAACUUAAACUUGCCAAAAGCAACAUCACAAGAAAACUUAAAAUACGUGAGAAAAGACUUAAAGAUAUUGAACUUGAUAAAAACAAGCUCAUAGAAGAGCUGCAGAUAAAAAGACAAGAUAUAGAUGCUAUUAUCAAAGAGAAAGAUGGUUUGUAUCAGGAGCUUAAAGGUAGCAGAUAUGAGGUAGCAACAUUAUCCGAAGAAAGAGAUGAGAUCCAAAAACAGAAGGAAGAACAGAAGAAACAGUUGGAGGGGGAGCUAGACAGAUUAACUCAAAAAUAUGUUGCUUUGCAGCAAGAGUACAGGAUAGCACAGAAAGCUAUAAAGACAAAAGAGGCCGUGGAUGGUAAAGCUGUGAAGUAUGCAGACAAGAUGCAAAAGGAAGUGACAGCCAAGAGAGGAGAGAUAGACUCCCUGAGGAGUAAAGUGCACUGGUUGGAGGAAUGUUUAGAUGCUGCCUUGAAGGAUAAACAAGCCCUCAAGCAGGAGAGAAAGAAACUUUCAUCUUCCCUGAACAACUCCUCCACACAGAAUGAGAAGCUAGCAGACCAGCUGGAGGGAUAUGCCAAGAAAAAUGAAGAUCUUAAAUCAAAAUGUGACAGAUUAGAGACAGCAUUGGAAAAAGCUGCAGUGAAGCAUGCAGAGGCAGUGGCCAAACUGGAGACAAUGGAACAAGAAAUGGCUAGCAUGAAACUCAGGCACCAACUGGAUAUUAAG